GAUUCCUACAUUUUAUCAACAAUUUUCUUUUCAUUCUUUGUUCAACUUUUACAUCGGGUGCUGGUGCCAAGGGGUGCUUGUAUCAAUUUUAUUUCACACAUUCUAGGCUUUCGUAUUUGUUUAGUUUUUAUUUUAUUCUUGAUGCGAAUAUGCAUGGCAUCGGACUUCUUUUACCCCAGUAUAGGUGGUGUAGAAGAGCAUAUAUUCAACUUAUCACAGAUUUUAUUGAAACGGGGACAUAAGGUUAUUAUAUUAACACAUUGUUAUGGCGAAUCCAAGGGUAUACGAUAUCUUACCAAUGGCCUUAAAGUAUAUUAUUUGCCUAUAAAAGUGUUCUAUGCUCAAUCAAUACUACCAACAAUGAUAUGCAAUGCUCCAUUAAUAAGGGCCGUAUUAAUAAGGGAACAAAUUGAGAUUGUCCAUGGCCAUUCUGCAUUUUCUGCUUUGGGUCAUGAAGCUAUGAUUGUCGGCUCUUUAUUGGGAUUAAAAACUGUUUUCACUGAUCAUAGCCUGUUUGGUUUUGCUGAUUUAUCCGCUGUGUUCACCAAUAAAAUGUUGGAAAUAGACCUAACAUGUGUUGAUCACUGUAUAUGUGUUUCCCACAUUGGGAAAGAAAAUACUGUUCUAAGGGCUCGGGUACCUAAGGAAAGAGUUUCUGUAAUACCAAAUGCAGUAGACACUGCACUUUUUACUCCUGAUCCUAGUAGAAGACCACAAGAUGAUACAAUUAACAUCGUUGUUGCUUCCCGCCUUGUUUAUCGCAAAGGAAUUGAUCUCUUAUCGGGCAUAAUACCCCGAUUCAAAUCUAUGCCAAAUAUAAAAUUUAUUAUAGUUGGCGAUGGCCUGAAACGAGAACUGUUGGAAGAAAUUCGAGAAAAAGCCAAUAUGCAAGAUCGUGUACAAAUGAUUGGGGCCGUUGAACAUGUCGAAGUACGUGAAUAUCUUGUACAGGGUCACAUAUUUCUGAAUACCUCAUUGACCGAAGCAUAUUGUAUGGCAAUUGUGGAGGCAGCUUCAUGUGGUCUGCAAGUUGUGUCAACGAAUGUUGGUGGUAUACCCGAAGUUUUGCCGGACAACUUAAUUAUAUUGACUAAACCUGAAGUCGAUUCCAUAUAUGAGGGUAUUAUGAAGGCAAUUAAACGUUUGCAAGGAUACAACAAACAAAGUACCACGCAUCGCAAUUUGAACACAUCAAAUGAAACAAAAACUCCACAUGCUUCCGCUCAUGAUCACCAUCCCGCAAAGAAUGGCAAAUUAUCCAGAAAACUAAAAAAGCGCCAUACAAAAAACAGCAUGCAAAAUUCUAGUUCUUGCCAAACGAAAGCAAUUGCCAAUAACAUAGUUAAUGAUAAUCUUGAUGCUGGUGAUGACGUUAUUUCUUCCGAGGCCAUAUUAUGCCCCCAUAAAUGUAAUGAAAUCGUAGCAUCUCUAUACAAUUGGAAUAAUGUUACACAACGUACCGAAAAAGUAUACGAGAGCAUAUUAAAAGAGCCAUCACGGAGCUUGGGUGAAAUUUUACAUUCCUAUUUACGUGCCGACGUCUGGUCUAUAUUGUUACCAAUUUCAAUGUUACACUUGAUACUACGUUUUUUAGAAUUUAUUCGUCCAAGUCGAUAUAUGGAAAAAGCCAGAGAUCUUCCUUACUCUUUUAAAGAAUAAUCAUAGUACUGUUAUUCCAUGAUGCAUUUUCUUUUUACAUCUUAUUAAACAAUCCAACACAAUUCUUACUAA